AGAGAGAGAGAGAGACGUCCGAAUUCAGCGAAAGAAGGGGAGUAUUCAGAGAGUAGCAUUUCGUAGGGAAGCUAGAGAAGGAAAGGAGGAGAAAAGAGAAUAGAAGAAAGACGGGACGAGAGAGAUUUUAAAGCUGGUUAAUUUAGUUUUAUAUUACAUUGAAGUGUACCAUAACUUGUUAGAUACAAAUUUUGUAUUAUCGUAGUUGCUCAUUUUUUAAAAUAACUUAAUUGAAAAGACUGAAACCGAGCGCCUUAGGCCAUUCCUACAAGCCGAAAAAGAAAGACUCAAGACUCAAAACAUCACCGGUCACUUUUUAGUUUUAGCUAAGCAAGAAGGUUAUUGGAAGAGAAAGAAAGCCUACAAAUCAACAGCUUUUGUGUAAGAUUUUUACUCAUAUAUUUUUAUAUAAAAAACGAAAUAUCAGGACUUUGUAAAUAUCUGAACCGUUAUUUUCUAAGAUUACAGUAAUAAUUAAUUAUUGAAAUUGUAGAAAGUUGCCAAAUGCCAUGCAAAUCAGUGACAGAGGAACAAUAACAUAUUGUGCUAUUAGAUUUUAAAUAGGUUUAGAAAGAUCUCAAAGACGGGGAAGACAAGAGUGCAUCCCAAAUCUCUCCCGGAGCUCCUUGUGGAUAUCAGUGGACUAUGGCCGCAAUAACUAGCCCAGAAUCUAGCCCACAACCUCGGGUGUAUUUCCAGACGCCACCCGAUACCGAUGAAACCGAAGUUCCGGUUCGGAAACAAGGACGUGUCACCGUGAAAUACGAUCGAAAAGAACUGAGAAAAAGACUGAACCUGGAGGAAUGGAUUAUCGACCAGCUAACUGAUCUAUACGACUGUGAGGAGGAAGCCAUCCCAGAGCUGGAGAUUGAUGUGGACGAGCUGCUGGACCUGCCCAGCGACGGGGAUCGGGCUUCCAGGGUCAAGGACUUGCUGGUAGACUGUUACAAACCUACUGAUGACUUUGUGACUGAGCUUCUGGACAAGAUCCGAGGCAUGCAGAAGCUCAGCACCCCUCAGAAGAAGUGAGCGCCCGUCCCUUGGUCUCCCUUUCUCCCCGUGGCUCCACGGCGUUGCUCCUACACGGGGGGAGGGGGGGGGGAGCCGGCGGGAGGACGGGCGGGCGGCCGGGUGCUGCAGUGGUUCCCAUAACCCCCAGGGCUGAGUGGGAGGAGUCAAAUGAGGAGUCCAGCCAAUCAGAUAUUUUGAGCAGGGUUUUUCUUACGUUACCUCGUUUCAUUUUUAUUUGUUUGAGGGAGUACGAUGUGUUUUGAUAUCUAUCUCUAUCCUUAUAUAUCUAUGUACUAUACGUCUAUAUAUGGAUGUAUAUACAUAUAGAUUUUUUAUAGAAUGCUGACAUAAAAGAUUAAAGUGUUUCAAUGGGCAAAGGACUGGUUCCAAUCCAUAAUUCAUACAGUACUGUACAGUUUGCAGACCCAUCAGCCAUGAUCAGUGUGCUAAAAUCACACAGUUACACUGGGGCAUCAAGACUGACGUGGCCUUGUUUUAUUUAUUUUUGUUAUUUUUUAAAUUGCACGCAGCAAAGGGCUCCUUAAAGACACGGUGAUGUGUUUAUUAGUAGACUGAUGAAUUGCUGGAUGGAGGUUCGUGUGUAGCGGGUGUGAGGCCGGGGGGGGGUUGGUUUCACCUCUCCCUCCUCAUGGACUGUCGUUACACCUUCGUCGACGACGGCUGAGGGCCACACGCUCACCUCCUUCUUAACGUUCAGCAGGGAUGCUAACGAGUGUGCAGCUGCAAGCUCGACCUGAGUGCCACCACCUUACCAGGCCGAGGUCCUCAGUCCCACCUUCGCUGGGUGGGUUUGAAGGGGCUCAGGUGAGACGGCAGCCGUGGUACCAAAACGCAGCCGAACGAGGCCAUGAUGUACAUUCCACAAGUCGCCGAUUUUGUCCAGCUGAGCUAAAUGCUAAAGGCUAAAUGCUAAAGCUGUGCACGGGGCCACACUAAAGGUACUUAUGAGGUGUAGAAAUGCACUCGAGCCAUAGAGGAGCCCUGGUACCAGCACAUGCAGUCUCAGGUUCCAGAAGAUAAUCAGACUGAGUUUGCUAAAGCACACAGGACUCACCCAGAACUUGCAAAUUCCAACACAUAUUCACUGUACUAAUAUGAAAUACAACUUAAGGAGUAUAUUUAAAAUAGUGGUCCAAUAUAACAAAUAUAUCCAUUAUUAUUUAUGCAAUUCAAUACAUGCAUUAAGCUACAUAAAUCAAGGAAGCAAUAACAGAAGUUUAUGUUGAAUUGCACAUGUUUUGCAUAUGUUUCAAAUAUAAUCCUUACAUUUUUGGUUUCAUAUUUUUACAAAUGGAUGUGCAUCGAGGGUGGACAAACAUGACAGUGGUAUAAAUUAGGGGGCUGUUAUGGCCACAGACGCUGUGUGCUCAUACGAUUCUGAAAUAUCAUGCUGGUCAAUGGAUGAUUUCUCUACAGCUUCUAAGCUUGUAAACUUUCUUGUUAUUUUUUAACACAUUUGGUUUGAAAAAAAGGCAUUAGAACAAAUGGUAUAAUCUAAAUUAUUACACAUUUUUUAUUGAGUGGUUUGUUCUAUUCAGAUUCCAUUAUUAUGCUAUUUGGCAUUUUAAAGACAAGACGAUACUUUUAGUUUGUUUCUGUUCUAAUUCAAUGAUUUUACUUUUUUUCUUUUAAAAAAGUAUCUGUGGGGGGGGGGGUAUUAUGAGAACAUAAGUAAACGAUUAUCCAACUACAGAAUUGUAAAUCGUAUUCAACAGUAGCUAAGGCAAUUUGGAGCUGAACCUGUUUCGUUUUGCCACCCUUUUGGUGUGGAAAUGUUUGUGCUGUUUGUGGUAUCAGGGCCCUUUGAGAGGAGUAUUGUUCAUAAAUUGCAAACAAAAACUGCCAGAUGAAAUGUCCCGUAGCAUCUGCAGAGCGCUGAGAGCUGCUAUAUGUUUCAUACUGAAAGUAUGUACCUUGGUGUCUGCUAAACAGUGCCGCUGAUAAACAAAUCCAUUGUUUAUUCUUCUCCAGUUAUUCUGAUUUGUAGCUGGCCUGAUCCAUUGGCUGUUUACGAGUCAGCUGUGCUAAAUCAUCCAAUGGCUUCAGAGGAUGGUUGUGAAGGUACAUGUGAAAGAUCGCAUGCUUAUAAACACUCAGGGUCUUUGAGGGUUCUUGUGUUCGCCGACACCCUCCGCCCCCCCACCCCCCACUCUCCCUCGCACACAUAAAUCCCUGUCCCGUUCAUGUUCAUCCCAACUCUUUUAAAUUGGCAAAUAGCAAUUGUGCUAUUUUAUACUUGUGCCCUGAUAUACUUGCUUGAGCCAAUCAGAGAUGAACACGUGCAUUAAUAGUAACAAGAAAUAGCAGUGUGCCAGUAUUACACCUUUGCAGUGUCGUGGCCUAAUCCCAGCCAGUGUGCCCUAACUCAACCCAAUCCAUGAUCAGAACCGAAGCGGGUCUCCAUGGUGAUAUUGAGGGACUGUAAUCUCACACAUGCUGGCACCUUCCCGAAGGGCUCCAACCUCCCCUAAUCAGAGAUACUGAUGUCUAACUGGUGCUUUGCGACUAAAUAGGGGACCAACUGCAGCCUGAAACAGAGAUCAGUGCCACUGAAUGGAGUGGAGCCAUCUGAAGAGCAAAAUCUGCAAAUGUAUGAGGACCCCAACCUUCUCUCAGGCCUCCCACUGGCCACACCUACCCUCCCUGUUCAUCUUCGGUCUCGCUCUUGUUCCAGCACUCUUAAACAGAUGUUGCCUUAGGUUUUACUGGUUUUAUUUAUGUUAUGGAAACCAAAAGGAGCAAGACAUUCAUCUAUAAAAUGUAACAAAAGAAGAGGCAUACACGGUAUUAAGGAAGCUUCUGAAAACAGUCGUCACUCUUGUUACCAAUCCUUGUGACAACCUUUACAUUUUUAGGAGAAUGGAUAGAGAUUAGAUCUCUUUACAGUUUAUUGUUAGGUGCAAUUGUUCACGAUUUAUAUGAAUUGAUCAGUUUUUCCAGUGUUUUCCAGAUAGUGCUGUCAUAUUUUUUUUAUUGUACUUCAAAAAGAAACAAAAAAAUUAGCACUGCUGUCUAGGGUUGUGUUUGAAAAAAAAAACAUCUUCAUGUAGCAAAAUUUACUGUCCUGUUUCCCAGUUUUGUUACGAUUUUAUGCAACUUUAAUAAAAAAAAAAGAUGCUGAACUCUA